CCCGCUCAGUGUGUCGGGAGGGGCGUGCACCGCAGCGUGCUCGUGGCGGUCUGCGGUGACUCGAGGCCUGGUUCUUCCCCCACCAGGAGGAUUCUAGGGAUGGAAGUCAGGCUUGGUGGCAGGUGUCCUCGCCGGCUGUGCGCUGCUGCCAGGCUGCCUCUCGGCCUCCUGUGAUGGCUGGAGGUGCAGAGGUGAGGGCGGGUCACCCCCUGACCUCCCAGUGGGCAGCCUUCACCCUGCCAGGACCACAGCCUGAAGGGACUGCCUGAGAAGCUUCCAGACGCCACCUCAGGUUGUUUGAAGGAGUGUGUGUUCACGCACAGGUGUUCGGAAUGGGGAAAGCUUGGCUGUGAAGUGUGUAGCCCCACUCUGGCCUUUUCCCUCUUGGGAGUGUGAAGACCACAGCUGACAUUUGGCAUCUCUCUUUCGCUGUCUGCCUUGCUGCUUUUAAAUCUGUGUGAGUGUGCGCACACAUGGGUCAAAGGGCAGUCUCGGCUGUUAGUCCUUCCAGCUUGUUGGAGACGGUCUGGUUGGAGGUGUCACUCGUCAUGGCCUAUCUACAAGCUCUCGGCCCUCCUGCCCCCACCUCCCUGCUCCCUGGAGGAUGCCAGCACCUCACCACUGAGCAUUCCCCAGCCGUCACUGCAGCCUAGAAUUCCCGGGUUGGCCGGAGUGGGUGGCCAGUGAGCCCAGGGCCGGUGGGCUUUCCGCCUCCCUGGUGCUGGGGUCGCAGACAGCAGCGCUGGCGUUCGUGUACCGUGGGGCCUUGAACACGGUGUUUGUGCAGCAGGUGCUUUUGUGGCCGCCCUGUAGCCUGCCCGCCUGAGCGUUUUUGCUGUUUGUUUGUUUAAUGAAUACUGAGGGUUGGCGCCCAGGGCCUGAGGUGCUCAGCGUAGCCUACGCCGCCCCUCUCGGCGGCGGGCACAUACUCAGCGCGCUCUUCUGUUCUUCUCUUCAUUUGACACAGGGUCUCUCCGUGUAGCCCUGGCUGUCCUGACUCACUCUGUAGACCAGGCUGGCCUCGCACUCACAGAGACCCUCCCGCCUCUGCCUCCCGGUGCUGGGGUCACAGGUGUGCAUCACUGCACCCUGUGCACGCUGCUCUCACAGGCCCAGAGCUGGAGUCCCCACCCCCAUGUCAGGUGACUCCAGCUCCCAGAGACCCAGCCCUCCUCCUAGACUCUGGACACCCACAUUCAAAGGCACAUAUCAUCCCCACACGGACACGCACAUAGUGACUGACACGCACAUGGUGUCAGCCAGGCAUGGUAGUCCCAGCACUCGGGAGGCUGAGAAGAAAGGAUUCUCUAAAAACAAAAUAAGUGAAGCCCUCCACUUCAGUCCUUCUUUUAUGAACACUGGUGUUUGACUGCGUGUAUGUCUGUGUGAGGGAGCCAGAUCCCCUGGGACUGUUACAGACAGCUGUGAGCUGCCAUGGGGGUGCUGGGAACUGAACUCGGGUCCUGUGGUGAGUUAGAGUGCUGUGCACCCUCCCUGCGGCCAGCCGAAACCCUGCAGCAGCCAGCAUUUGCCAGCGGCUGCUCCUGUGGAAGGGUGUCCUUCCUUCCUUCCGCGCUGGGAGCUGAACUGGGCCUUUAGGUGAGCAGCGAGCACUGUAGCCUGGGCCACCUCUGCAGCCUCAGCUCCCUCUUCUGUCAGGCCCGGGGGUUGAGGCCAGGGCCUGUGCAUGCUGGCAGGUGCCUGACCACUGAGGGACAUGGCCGACCCCUUUAGUUUUUUGUUCUUUUCCCCUGGGGCCCGGGAGCAGCGGCGCUGAGCUUGGGGUCUUUCUGCAUCCACCUCAGGAGCGCUAGGAUUACAGGUGUGCACCACAUCUGGUUCAUGCCGUGCGGGGUCACACCCCAGGCUUUGCUCGUCUAGGCGAGCACGGUGCCACCUUUUCAGAGUGGCACAGCCCCAGCCUUCAGCUUCCUCUGCCUGGCUUCUUCACUUAGCACCGUGUCCUCAAGGUCUGCCAGGUCUCAGGUCCCCUCAGGGCUGUGUGUGGGUCGUGGUUCUGAGCAGACCCAGCCCAGGGAGGUCAGCGCAGCCGGGGCCAGCCCAGGCUCUUGCAGUUAGGGCACGCGCCUCGCCGUGGCUUAGGUGUGUUCAGGCCCCGACAGGUACAUCCCGGGGCCUGCUGCGGGGUCUCGUUGGGGGAGGCCUGUCUGAGGCCCCUUUGGUGGGACCUGUUCUUCCUUCUCUAGCCUCCCGGUGUCUUGCAGCGGAUGGGGACUGCAGGCACACACUGGUCCAGUGUCCCGCCCAGCCAGUUGUAGGAUCUCAGCCUCCGGACACUGCCUGCCUGUCCUCCUGCUCUUCCCGGAUGAGCCCCCCCCUCAGCGUCUCCUCCCCAGGCCCCUGAAGGAGCCUGCCCUUGUGGUGCCCCCACCGCCCGGUCAGCGAGGAGACUGAUCCCGAACGGCCCCUUCCCAGAUGUGAGGCUUCUCUCAGGCUGCUGAGACUAGAGCCGGAGCUCCCUGCUGGGAUUCUCGUCAGCCCGGCCCUGCUCAAGAGAGCCCUUGCUUCCCUCCCGGCCUGUCAGGUGUUUGGACAGUGCAGCCUGCUCUCUCUCCACUCGUCCUUAGCCCUGACAAGCAGCCCAGCUCCACGAUGGCAGCAGAGACACUCAACUUUGGGCCCGAGUGGCUAAGGGCCCUUUCGAGUGGCGGCAGCGUGGCCUCGCCGCCCCCGUCCCCGGCCAUGCCCAAGUACAAGCUGGCAGAUUACCGCUAUGGACGAGAGGAGAUGCUGGCGCUCUACGUGAAGGAGAACAAGGUCCCGGAGGAGCUGCAGGACAAGGAGUUUGCGGCGGUGUUACAAGAGGAGCCGCUGCAGCCGCUGGCUCUCGAGCCUCUGACGGAGGAGGAGCAGAGAAACUUCUCCCUGUCAGUGAACAGUGUGGCUGUGCUGAGGCUGAUGGGGAAGGGGACUGGGCCCCCACUGGCCGCCACCCCCCGCGGCAGGGGCACCACUCGGAGCCGAGGCCGGGGCCGUGGCGACAGCUGCUUUUACCAAAGAAGCAUUGAGGAGGGUGAUGGGGCCUUUGGCCGCAAUCCCCGGGAGAUCCAGCGAAGCCAGAGCUGGGAUGACAGAGGUGAGCGGCGGUUCGAGAAGUCUGCGAGGAGGGACGGAGCGCGCUCCGGCUUUGAGGAGGGAGGGGCCGGCCCGAGGAAGGAGCACGCGCGCUCAGACAGCGAGAACUGGCGCUCGCUCCGAGAGGAGCAGGAGGAGGACGGCAGCUGGAGGCUUGGGGCAGGGCCUCGGCGAGAUGGGGACCGCUGGCGCUCCACCAGCCCUGAUGGCGGCCCCCGCUCUGCUGGCUGGCGAGAGCAUGGGGAGCGGAGGCGCAAGUUUGACUUUGACUUGCGAGGGGAGCGAGGAGGGACUGCCGACGAGGACGGGCGGGUUGGGGGAGGCGGCUCUCACCUGCGGAGGUGCCGUGGGCUCGAAGGCUUUGAGGAGGACAAAGAUGGACUCCCAGAGUGGUGCCUGGAUGACGAAGAUGAGGAGAUGGGCACGUUCGACGCCUCUGGGGCCUUCCUGCCUCUUAAGGGCCCCAAGGAGCCCAUUCCCGAGGAGCAGGAGCUGGACUUCCAGGGCCUGGAGGAAGAGGAAGAGGAGCCUGUGGAGGGGGUGGACGGAGAGGGGCCUGAGGCAGGGGGGGCGGAGGGGACCCUGUUGCCGCCUCCAGAGACGGCAGGCUCCCCGGCCUCACUGCCUGCCUUGGGCCCUCUCUGGACGAAUGAGGAUGGCAGUGACGCAGUGGAGAAGGACCUUCCCCCGGCUGAAGAUGAGGCGAGGGAGCUGCCCCUGAGUCCUGCCGGCGGCUCUCCCCCAGGCCCACCUGGAGACCUGGAAGACGAGGAAGGCUUGAAGCACCUGCAGCAGGAGGCAGAGAAGCUGGUGGCCUCCCUGCAGGACAGCUCGCUGGAGGAGGAGCAGUUCACCGCCAUGCACACGCAGGGCCUGCACCACCCCACAGCCGCCACCGCCCUGCCCCUCAGCCACGGCGCCGCCCGGAAGUGGUUCUACAAGGACCCGCAGGGGGAGAUCCAAGGCCCUUUCACCACCCAGGAGAUGGCGGAGUGGUUCCAGGCCGGCUACUUCUCCAUGUCACUGCUGGUGAAGAGGGGCUGCGACGAGGGCUUCCAGCCCCUGGGGGAGGUCAUCAAGAUGUGGGGCCGAGUGCCCUUCGCCCCGGGGCCGUCGCCACCCCCUCUGCUGGGGAACAUGGAUCAGGAGCGGCUGAAGAAGCAGCAGGAGCUGGCUGCCGCGGCCCUGUACCAGCAGCUGCAGCACCAGCAGUUUCUGCAGCUGGUUGGCAGCCGCCAGCUCCCGCAGUGUGCCGCGCUCCGGGAAAAGGCAGCUAUGGGGGACCUGACGCCGCCGCAGCUCACGGCGUUCCUGCAGCAGCUCCAGGCUCUCAAAACCCCCAGAGGUGGGGACCAGAACCUGCUCCCGACGAUGAGCCGGUCCUUGUCAGUGCCAGAUUCCGGCCCCCUCUGGGACUUACAUACCUCAGCUUCACCACAGUCAGGUGGUGAGGCCAGUCUUUGGGACAUACCAAUUAACUCUUCGACUCAGGGUCCAAUUCUAGAACAACUCCAGCUGCAACACAAAUUCCAGGAGCGCAGAGAGGUGGAGCUCAGGGCGAAGCGGGAGGAGGAGGAGCGCAAGCGCCGGGAGGAGAAGCGGCGGCAGCAGCAGCAGGAGGAGCAGAAGCGGCGGCAGGAGGAGGAGGAGCUGUUCCGGCGCAAGCAGGUGCGGCAGCAGGAGCUACUGCUGAAGCUGCUACAGCAGCAGCAGGCGGCAGCCGUCCCGGUGCCCCCGGCGCCCAGCUCCCCGCCCCCGCUCUGGGCCGGCCUGGCCAAGCAGGGCCUCUCCAUGAAGACCCUGCUGGAGCUGCAGAUGGAGGGCGAGCGGCCGCUGCACAAACAGCCCACACCUCGGGAGCCGCUGCGGGCCCAGGCCCCCAACCACCGCGCGCUUGGGGGCCUGGGCACUGCCCCUCUGAACCAGUGGGUGUCUGAAGCCGGGCCACUGUGGGGCGGCCCAGACAAGAGUGGGGGCAGCAGCGGCAGCCUGGGACUCUGGGAGGACACCCUCAAGAGCGGCGGGAGCCUGGCCCGGAGCCUGGGCCUGAAGAACAGCCGGAGCAGCCCGUCCCUCAGCGACUCCUACAGCCACCUGUCCGGCCGGCCUGUCCGCAAAAAGACGGAAGAGGAGGAGAAGCUGCUGAAGCUGCUCCAGGGCAUCCCUCGGCCCCAGGACGGCUUCACACAGUGGUGUGAGCAGAUGCUGCACACCCUGAGCACCGCGGGCAGCCUGGACGUGCCCAUGGCUGUGGCCACCCUCAAGGAGGUGGAGUCCCCCUAUGACGUCCAUGAUUACAUUCGCUCCUGCCUGGGGGACACGCUGGAAGCCAAAGAAUUUGCCAAACAAUUCCUGGAGCGGAGGGCCAAGCAGAAGGCCAGUCAGCAGCGGCAGCAGCAGCAGCAGGAGGCCUGGCUGAGCAGCACCUCCCUGCAGACCGCCUUCCAGGCCAGCCACAGCACCAAGCUGGGCCCUGGGGAGGGCAGCAAGGCCAAGAGGCGGGCGCUGGCGCUUCACUCCGACCCCAGCAUCUUGGGCUACUCCCUACACGGCCCCUCCGGUGAGCUGGAGAGCGUGGAUGACUACUGAGCAGCCCGGCCUACCAGCCCCUGGGGUCAGACUCGGGCGGCGGCGGCAACCCUCGGCUCUCCAGCCUGCAGGCUCCCAGCGAGGAGCAGAGGUGGAAUCGCGUGGGGCGGGGUCCCCAGCACUUGUUACCGACCACACGGAGCACCUUAACUCACCCACCACGAGGCACUUUACAGAUAGGGGAGGGGGCGUUUCCUCUUUAGUUUUAAACGUUAGGAGAGACAGAAGUGUCGUUCAAGAACUAGACUGUAGGCCCUUCACCCCUUGGGGACAAUGGGUGACAUUGGAAGGUCCAGAGAGGUUAGGUUGGGUUUUGUUUUGGGGUUGUUGUUUUUUUUUUGUUGUUGUUGUUUUUUGUUUUGUUUUGUUUUUUUUUUUUUUUAAGAAAAAUAAUGAAAAAAAAAAAAAAACCCAGUUAGGCUGAAAGGAAAAAACCACACUGUUAUUUUGGGCCAGUGGGUGCCAGGCCCCGUGGAACUGUUCGGCCUGGCUCACAAGGCUGCGCUCGCCCGCUGCCCCCGGAAGGUGGGGUGCCUGGAAGCUGGGUGCUGGCAGUUGGCACAGCCCUCUCCAGAAGCCCGCCCUGGACCUGCUGUGACCGUGACCGGCUCCCGGGGCAGCGGCCUGGCAGGCGUCGCCCCCGUCAGCUGCUUUGGGAGGAAUAUUGCACAAAUUGGACAGAGCUGCCUCAGCUUCCUCUCCCCGACCCCCAGCAGCCCUCCCGCCCCGGCUGGGGGAGCUGGGCAGGACUGUCAGUGCCAGCCUGUCCGAGGUGGGCUCUGAGCUCGGCCUGCUGAGGGCUGUCCCCACUGCUGCCAUUUCGGGGGCAGCCUGGGCGUGCCGCGGGGAGCCCGGCGCCCUGCCUUCGCCACAUGAAUGUAUUCUCGGGCCCCGCGCCGGGCUCCCCCGAGGAGGGACCUUCCUGCAGUUGCCGGAGACCGCCGCUCCCGCCGUGGCUUGUGUGAGGGAGGGAAGACCCCGAAGGUGGCCGAGGCUGAGCCUGGGGCCGCGUGGGAGCCCCAGGAGCAGCAGCUGCCUGAAGCAGACCAGCUCUGUGCCCACCCCUCCUUCACCAAACCGAGGAGGAGCCGCCCCUCCGGUUGGAGGUAGCGCCUGUCCCGGCUGGGUCUACCUGCCCAUUGCUCAGCGCCUCACUCCUCAUCCACGCCUGGAUCUGUCUCCAUGUUGAUCGGCUUUUUUUUUUUUCCCUCUUUGAACUGUAGAGAAACCCUCCAGCAAUCUCAUUGCUCAGAACGCAGUAUUAGGGCGAGACUGCCUCUGCCUCCAUGAAUGUAUUUCUCCUUUCUGCCCUGGGGAAGUGGGGAGUGGCCCCUGGUUCUUCUUUUCCAUCUGUCCCCAGAGAGAUGACCUUUUGUUUUCAUUUUAACUUUUUUUCUUUUCUUUUUUUUUUUUUUUUUUUUUUUGCACCAAAGUGGCAGCUGGGUCAGUGUUCGGGACAAGGCUGGCUCUGGUGGAAGGCCCUCCACCUGCUUCUCCCUGGCUGACAGUGUUAGCGUCUGUGAAAAGACAAUAUUCUCUCUAAAGCAAUAAGGGGUGAUGGGCCGGGAACCGUCUUGCUGCUGCUGGCCCCAGCUGCCCGCCCUCCUGCCGUGGAGGCGUUGGAGGGGCGGAAGACUCCUGUUGUGACUGAAUGUAACCUACCCUGCCCCUGCCACAGCCAAUGCAGGGGAGGGGGCACUUGUCUCUUCCUAACCCUUCCCCCAGCUAAAGAGACUUUGAACUUGGGGGCCUGUGAGCCUGGAGAGGCCUUAACCUGUGAGGAAGAGUAGGGGGAGCCCUCUCCCACCCCAUCCCCUUUGAGAGUGGUCAAUGUUUACAAGCCCUGAGUCCAGCCCGGGACUCAGACAGCCCCCACCUUGGUCCUUUCCCAUCCCAGUCCUACAGGCCGGAGCCGCCCCGCCCCUCCUUGGGGUCAGGGUGGCGUGACCGUCCUGCGUGUCCCAGUGCACCCUACCUGUACCCUGUGUGACGUCCCUAGUCCCUGCUCUUGUAAAUACUCCCAAUAAAAAAACUUGGUGUGUUCUCCCAGUCCA